CAUGGCCGUACCAGUAGCCAUGAUAACGGUCGGAGUAAAAUUCCUGCAUGAAUGCCCUAUCGAACCCAAGGUGCCUAUUUACUUACUCGUAGCCGGUUGUUUUGGACUACUGAAACUUCUUUCCCUACUCUGGAGGCAAGUUCGGUCAAGACGGUACGAGCAACUGGACGAAAUGGCCACUCCAGGUAACGGUGAUGGUAUGAUUAUGUCAAAAUCAUCGAAAUUCUCCGAGGCCGUACUCAGUAUUUUUUUACUUAUUUGGUUUGGUUUUGGUAAUUAUUGGAUUUUCCGAGUAUGGAAGCCAAACUUUAUACAAGCUUUACAUCGUCCAAGCGAUUGGUGUCAUCCGACAGUGUACAUGUUCGCUUUCGGUACGAUAUGCGGUGUCUACGCAUUGACAGCAAUUGUUUUGCUUAUUGCUUGUAUGCUAGCUUUAUGCUAUAGGCUUUGUAAUACCUGUUCAUCUGAAUAG